AGUGCGAUCUGUCAGACAAGCAGAGCAGCACUUGACGUAUAUAUAUAUAGAGAGAGAGAGGCAGAGAGAGAGAGAUUAAUAGUGAGUCAGUCCAUCAGGAUGAAUACUAGUACCGACAGAGAUGUCACCUACAGGUGUGGGUGUUGCGGAUACGCACUGAACCUGAGCUCCUGCAACCGCAAUACCUGUGUUAUUGGGUCGGGAUACGACAAGGCCAUGAAGAGAGGGGUUAUCUCAUUCUUGUGUAUUGAUGAGACCAGAUUCACCCACAUCACUAAAUUCCGUUGCUUGCCUUAUUUCAGCUCCAAACACUCGUGGGGUCUCUUUCGCCGCCACACCAAGCUGCUCUGCCGGGAGUGUGGAACCUACAUUGGUACUGCUGCUGCAUCAUAUUCUUCACUCAACCCACAAUCACAACAAUGGGAUGGCCUUUCUGCAUGCCAAACCUAUGACAUCAACAUUUGUUCAUUGACACCAUCAUAGUCCCCCUCCCCAAGAAGCAGCAGCAGCUCUUUAAUUUCCAAGAUUUAUUCUCAGCAAGUGAAUAAAACAACCACGAGCUACAAUUCAUUUCAACAAUUUGUUUAUACUGCACACUGUUUUGCUGCAAUUCAAUAAAAUAAUUCUUUUUCAAGGGGGGUGUGGGGUGUGGGAGGUGAGGAAACAGGGCAAAAGCUACAAACAAACAAUUCAUUUCAACAAUUUUUGUGACUUUUGAAUUUUGAUGAUGGUUACUCAAAAGCUGAUAAGACUUCUUAGCUAGCUAUACUAUAUGCUAUCAUCAUCAUCAUGUAUGUACAACAGAGGCAUUGGUUGCUACCAAACCAAAGCUUUUAAGGAAAACAAUAAAUAAUGUAUCUUCUAGAUGUGUCA